AUGGCUGCAACAGCCAAGCAUGAAUUAAGACAAAAGUUUCCGGGCGAGUCCUCGGGUGAAGAAGACAUUGCUGCUAUUGCUAAACAGAUAAGUGAUCACGCAGAAGCGAUUUAUCAGUCGUGGAAGAGUCGUGGACUUGCGCCCGCUGAAAUAUUUAAUUGUCACAACAGCGCGACCGCCGCUGACGAGUUUGAUAGUGCGUUGACACCGACAUUGUCGCCGACUUCGCGAGGACUUCAGCUCGAAAAUAUUCUUAAAGUAGGUGCUGCCGGACAGUCUUACAGUCCGCCACCACCUAGACUGGAUAACAAUAACACUCUGGAGAAAUUAGUUAAUAAUUUUGUCGUUGAGGACAAGGCACGGCAACAACGUACAUCCUCUUAUAUAAGUAAAAAUCUUCCGUCUUCCAUACAGUCCGCUCUGGAAAGAUUUGAGCGUAAUUCACCUGGUAAUGUGACGAAUAAUAUUCGACAUACACAGCAGCAGCAGCAGCAACAUCAGCAACAGCAAAAGCAACAGCAGCAGCAGCAGCAGCAGCAGCAGCAGACAAGACCGAAAAUAGCUACUAAGUCGUCUUUGUCGUCGCCGUUGGCAUCACCGUCCUCGCUUGGCGAGACUAUCGAAACUAUACUGCCGGCAGACUUGCCUGGAAAUGGUACAACAAACCAGCCAAAACGUCCGUUAAGUGUUUUACUAAAUACAACAACGCCCACCAAUACAGCUGCCGGAGAAUUGUCUAGGCCGAAUCAAAGUUCAGGUUUGACGACCUGGCCUCUUAAAAAUAAAUUGUUUACCGACUCUUCCGUAGUGGCGCGGGUCAAUGCCUCCAAAGCUACCGUAGCUUCCUCCUAUCUUGAUGAAGUUGCGCGUGAAGAAGAGAGGCUUAUUAAUGCCUUGAAGACAGGAGUUGUUAUUGAUGAGGAUGGAAGUUCGCCAGUUCCUGUAAGACAAAAACCCGCUAUUAAAAAAGAAAAACCUAAGCUCAUGACGAAUGGCGUUGUUCUUGAGCGUACGUCGCAAUUUAUACAGCAAAUUCAACAAGCCAAAAAAAUUGACGAACGUAAAGCUACUACCAACACGGUAGUAGAAAAAAUAGAAAAAAAUUCUAUACAACAACAACAACAACAACAGCAGCAGCAGCAGCAACAACGACAGUCUCAGCAGGAUGUUAAAGAAGAUCGUGAAGUUCAAAUAGUCGCGUCUAAAUGGGGUCCCCGGAUCACGUCACCCAGACCUAGGAUUGAUCAAGUACCACAUCCUGAACUCACGAACCAACAAAAGCAACAUAUACGAGCUGCUGCAGCUGCCGCUGCGGCUACAGAUUCUUCAAGCUCAGCGGGAAACAAUGCCAAUCCUGUACGACCUUUUCUUACUCGAGGAUCCGUCGCGGAGAGAGUUUUGAUUUUUGAAAAGUGUCCAAGUGAACUCUUACUUGAUAAACGUGGUCCACGACAGCCUGGAGGCCCGUCUUCGAGAUUCAAUUCCAAUGAUGGCAAACCACAGUCUUCUUAUGUGCGCGAGAGAAUACAACAACAACAAUCGAGAGCCUUGCCACCUCAUACAACUCUACAGCGGCAUGUUAAGGCCAACAAAAACGUCCGUAUACCCAGAUUUUAUUUCCCCGGAGGUAAGCCUACUCCACCCACACAACUGGAAGCAACGAUUGCAAAAAUAAGUAAAGCCUUUGAGAAUCUCCCAGGACAUCGUGCUUCACGCUCACAGUUUAAUAUUAUUACAAAAGCUUGUGAACUGCCACUUUACUUGAAAGUUCCGCUGUUCUUAGCAGCAGGUGGAGACGCAACAACUUCUGUUGAAAUGAAUAAUUUCAUUGAAUUUUGGAAAGAAAUUAACAAAUCGUAUCACGAUCCAGCUAGUAAAUUUAUAAGAAUAACCACACGUGGUCUGAGAAAUUAUAUACUACCAGAAGAUCUUGUUGCUAUGGUACAAGAUGUUGUUGAUACUCAUCCAGGAUUAACUUUCCUUAAAGAAGCUACGGAAUUUCAUUCUCGAUAUGUCCACACAGUAAUUGCUAGAAUAUUUUACUGUGUAAAUCGUAGUUGGAGCGGGAAAAUAUCCGUUACGGAAUUACGACGUAGCAACUUGUUGGCUGUUAUUGGUAUUCUAGAACACGAAGAAGAUAUAAACCAGGUGACGUCCUACUUCAGCUAUGAACACUUUUACGUUAUAUACUGCAAAUUCUGGGAACUUGAUCGUGACCACGAUUUAUUUAUCAACAAAAUGGACUUAACUCGGCACAAUGAUCACGCAUUAUCAACGAGACUGAUAGAAAGAAUAUUUAGCGGUGCUGUAACAAGAGGUAGAGGCAAAAAUGGUGAAGUACGUUUGCAAGAAGAAAAAAUGAGUUAUACCGAGUUUGUAUGGUUUCUGCUUAGUGAGGAGGAUAAAAAUUAUCCUACUGCCAUCGAAUAUUGGUUUAGAUGUAUGGAUCUGGAUGGUGAUGGCUACCUUUCUAUGUAUGAACUUGAGUAUUUCUACGAAGAACAAUUACUUCGUAUGGAGGCCAUUGGAUUGGAAACUCUACCAUUUGAAGAUUGUCUUUGUCAGAUGCUCGAUAUGAUAAAGCCAAAAAUUCCUGGAAAAAUUUCAUUGAGUGACUUAAAAAAUUGUAAAAUGACUUCGAUAUUUUUUGACACUUUCUUUAAUCUCGAAAAAUAUCUUGAUCAUGAACAACGAGAUCCUUUUGCUUCAACGAGAGAUCACGACGCUGAAGGCCAUGAACUCUCAGAUUGGGAUCGAUUUGCUGCUGAUGAGUACGAGUUACUGGUUGCUGAGGAAAGCGGAAAUGAACAAAACGAUCAAAUGAUGUAUGAUAACGGAAUAGAUGAAGAUGGUUUUACAACUAUAAAUACAUUACCAGAGGAGUCAAAUGACCGAAAUAAGAAACGUGAUGGUUACACUAAAAAUUAUCAAGACACCGGUGAAUCUCGUCGUGAUUCGAAAAAUCAAAAUUACGACAGCGGAGAUAGCGAUGAUUACGCUGAAAGUGAUAACUGA